AUGAGUACAUCGGUUGACAAAUCACUUUACAUACUUCCAAACGACUCGCCGGUCUGUUCGCUCGAUUGUGAAACUGCUUUUAAAGGUUUGACGGACAAAGAGAAAAAAUACGCUCAUUACUUGAGUGAGGCAUCGUUCAAUGGUGCACUAGCGGUAUUUCUACAGGUUUCUCCAGAGUCUGCAGGGCUAUUCGUAACGUUCUAUCGAUUUUUUAAGUCUGACAGUAUCGAAAAACUUAAAGAAAUGGCAUUUAAAGUUGGAUUCACAGAAGAAGAGUGGGUUGGAUUCUUGACGUACGUUGCUGGGUUCUACUAUAAUAAUGGGAACUACCGAGGAUUUGGUGAUACAAAAAUUAUACCGAACGUAGAUGUGUCGAAAAUCGAUGCUCUUCUAAGAUCGUCUGAAGUAGCGAAAUCAUCGCAUUCGUUCAUUUGUACUUGGGAAGCUGUGAAACCAUUAAUGAGCUCUCUCAGUACUUAUCAACUACGUUUGGGAUUUGGGAACGAGGGGGUAACUUGCUACCAUAGUGAAAACAUCACAAAAGAAGAUGCUGAAAAAGUUGAUAGAUACCUUAAGGCUCGUCGUAUUGAGUCCUGGAAUUCCCGACUGUUCAAAGAUGCCAAACCGAAGAAUGGGAAGACUGUAUAUCGCAUCAAAUUAGCUAGCGUUAAAACUGAUGGCGCUAUAGAGGAGGAAUUUGAGGAUUUCAUUGUGGUUAGGGAACGAGGUGACUAUUCUCCAUUGAUGACGAGAACAUGCGAGUCUUUAAAAAAGGCUCUGCAGUCAGCUGCGAAUGACACGCAGAAGAAAAUGAUAUCCAAAUACAUCGAACACUUUAAUGAGGGCGAUAUCAAGUUGCACAAGGAUGGCUCUCGAUUGUGGAUUCAAGAUAGUGAGCCGGUGAUCGAGAGCUACAUCGGUUUCAUUGAAAAUUAUAGAGAUCCAGCUGGAACGAGAAGCGAGUUCGAGGGAUUUGUGGCAUGCGUAAAUAAGGAGACAUCAAAGAAGUUUAAGACUCUUGUGAGCAAAGCAGAGGAGAUUUUGAAACGACUACCGUGGGGAAAAGCGUAUGAGAAAGAUCAAUUUCUGAAGCCUGAUUUCACAUCGCUGGAUGUUUUAGCGUUUGCGAGCAGUGGUCUUCCAUCAGGAAUCAACAUUCCCAAUUAUGAUGAUAUUCGGCAAAAUGAGGGAUUCAAGAACGUAUCCUUAGGGAAUGUCAUUGCUGCUACACCAAAGCAAAAAAUGAACUUUAUUAGCCAAGAAGAUGAGGACUUAUUGCACCAGUACCACAAGGAUUCGUUUGAAGUUCAAGUUGGCCUUCAUGAACUACUUGGACAUGGAAGUGGGAAAUUGUUUCAAAAAAAUCGGGAUGGUACCUUCAAUUUUGACAGAGAUACGAAGGAUCUUAUCACUGCUCAACCGAUAUCUAAGUGGUAUGAGCCCGGUGAGACUUGGUCAUCUAAAUUUGGACCACUGUCAGGAGCUUAUGAAGAAUGUCGUGCUGAAGCGGUAGGAUACGUACUAAGUUGCGAUGCAGACAUUCUAGAGAUAUUUGGCUUCAAAGACGAGCUGGCAGAAAAAGUGAAAUACGUGAACUGGCUAAAUGAAAUUCGUGCUGGAUUAUUAGCCCUUGAAUUUUACUCUCCGGAAGCGAAGAAGUGGGGGCAGGCUCACUGCCACGCUCGCUACGUGCUUACGAAAGUAUGCCUAGAAGCAGGUCAGGGGUUCGUUACUAUCACAGAAUGCGUGGGCAAUGACGGCAAUCCUGAUCUCAUGUUCAAACUAGAUCGCACAAAAAUCGACUCUGUAGGGCGCACAGCGGUGAACUCGUUCCUAGCUAAGUUGCAGGCCUACAAAUCCACUGGAGAUGUUGAGGGAGGCACAAAGUUGUUUGAACGUUAUGACAGAGUCACUGAUGUAGAGAUACGAUGGCGUGACAUCUGUGUUGCUCGGCGCAAACCCCGGCGAAUUUUCGUACAAGCUAACACGAAGAUUGACGAUAUGGCAGGUGUCAUUCAAUCAUUCGUGGAUCGUUAUGAACCCUGUGCUAUCGACGACCUUGAGAAGUGCUGGAGCAACGAUCAAGUGUGGUAUCCUCGUGCAUACGGAGUUCAGUCUACUGUGGAGUAA